CACGCUCCCAGCAUGCACGCUGGAUCUCCAAUUAUUGCUAAUGGCGGGUAUUUGUUCGAAACAUGCGAAUUUUAGGCUACGGCGUGUUAGCUCUAUGGAUUAAUGCUAGCACGAAUACAUGAAAAUAGCAGUCUGCGCGUGUCCCCGGAGCAGACUCGAGGGUUUCCAUAAGCAACAGACUUUAUUUUGAAGGUUUGGCGAUAGUCAUUGUAUCAUGCGGCUGCUCAGCGUUACUGUCAUAAACUGAAAAUGAAGUAGGAAUACAGCGCGUGUGAGUUGAGAAAUGGCUCCAGGGAUAUAUACAUCUGUCUCAGAGGCAUAAGCCCUGUACUGCUGCUCCAACAGCUAAUGGGACCGAGGCGAUUAAGAGCAUAUAAACCGGCCAGUCAUUAUCACAGAGCUAAUAGCAACUUUGACAUUUUGUUUCUCGACUCAUAAAUCCCCUGUCUCAUGUGGCGGAAAUGGUUUCUUUCAAAUUAUCAACAAUAGCAGGGCUGUUAUUAAUAACGGUUGCUCAUUUCACGCGUGCCUCCAAACUAAAUAUUCCCAAAGUGUUAUUGCCGCUUGCCAGAAGUACCAGAAUAAACUUCACAUUAGAAGCCACUGAAGGUUGCUACAGAUGGUCCUCCACCAGACCGGAGGUAGCAAGUAUCCAGGCCUUAGAUGCAGAGAGCAGCAGAGCCUGCUCCCAGAGAGCUGUUCUCCAAGCUCUCUCCACUCACCCGUCCAGAUUGACCAGCAUCAUUCUGGCUGAAGAUGUUGUUACAGGACAGGUACUGCGUUGUGAUGCCAUUGUGGACAUCAUCAGUGAGAUCCAGAUUGUGUCCACCACCAGAGAGCUCCAUCUGGAGGACUCGCCACUGGAGCUCAAAAUCCAUGCACUGGACUCUGAAGGAAACACCUUCAGCACCCUUGCAGGUCUUGUGUUUGACUGGACCUUAGUGAAAGAUGCAGAUGUGAUUGGAUUCUCUGACUCCUACAAUUCAUUACGGGUACUUAAAUUCUCUGAGUCCACAUACACGCCCCCUGGGUACAUAUCUGAAAUGGAGCGUGUUGGGAAACAGGGAGAUAUCAUUCUUGUGUCAGGACAGAAAACGGGACAUGCAAAGUUAAAGGCCAAAAUACAAGAGUCACUCUACAAGGAUGUUGGUGCAGCAGAGGUGAGACUGCUGAUUUUAGAGAACAUCCUGCUGAGUCCUGCGCACGAUGUCUACUUACUGGUGGGCACCUCCAUCCAGUACAAGGUCCAGAAGAUCCGACAGGGCAAGAUCACAGAGCUCUCUAUGCCCUCUGAUCAGUAUGAACUGCACCUUCAGAACAGUGUGGUUGGCCCUGAUGGAAACCAAGAGGUUCCCGUGGCCAGCCUGGAUCAGAGCACCUCCACAGUCACAGCCAUGCAACUGGGACACAUCAACGUAGUGCUGGAUCAUAAGAGCCUUCGUAUGCAAGGAGUGUCUCGCCUGCCCAACAGCACCCUUCAUGUGGUUGAACCGGGCUAUCUAGGUUUUAAGAUUCGCCCAGGAGACAGUUGGGUUCUUGAGACAGGCAGAGUGUAUGAUAUCCUUAUUGAAGUAUUUGACAAAUCCAGCCACAAAAUUUACCUUUCUGAUAAUGUCCGUAUUGACGCUGAAUUCCCAGGGGAGUACUUUGAAAUCAUCAAGUCUUCUCUGAAUGGAUCACACCACUGUGUCAGAGCGAUCAAGGAUGGCCAGACACUCAUUGAUGCUACUCUAAAUCAUGUUGUGGAUCCAAAUGGAGGGAUCCAUGCACUCGUCAACCCGGUCCACAAUGAACAAGAUGUGGAAAUCUAUAACCCUAUAGUUCUUAGUCCCAGUAUUCUCACGUUUCCAUGGCAGCCUAAGGUUGGAGCUUACCAGUACACAAUAAAGGCAACAGGAGGCAGCGGCAAUUUCAGCUGGUCCUCUUCCAACACAGCUGUUGCCACAGUAACUGUGAAAGGAGUGAUGACAACUGUCAGUGACACUGGUGUCAGCAUAGUGUAUGCUCAUGAUGUGCGCAACCCACUGCAUUACGGACACAUGAAGGUGUAUGUUGUGGAGCCUGUGGCGAUGGAUUUCUCUCCUUGCCCGGUAGAGGCCAAGGUCGGCCAGGUGCUAGAGCUGCCCCUCAGGAUUUUUGGUCUGCUGGGCGAGGUGGAGAAGGAGAGGGUCAUGUUGAGUGACUGCUCCCAAUUUGACCUGCAGGUCGAAGAGGAGAAUCACGGCAUCUUCCAAAUGCUGAAGGGGAGGAUGACUCCAGGUGAGGACCACUGCAGUGGAGUGAGAGCCAAGGCUCUGGCCCCAGGAUUCACCGUCCUGACAGUCAGCUACACCCAUGCCAACGUUCACCUCUUUACCAAGAUCACCAUUGCUGCCUACCUGCCUCUCAGACCGGUUGACCCUGUAUCGGUGGCCUUGGUGACUCUGGGCUCAUCUAAAGACAUGCUUUUUGAGGGCGGCCCAAAGCCCUGGAUUUUGGAACCUUCUAAAUUCUUCCGCAGCUUGAAGGCUGAGGAUGAGGGCAGUGUUAAUCUGGCUCUGACUGGUCCUUCAUCUCACAACUAUAACCAGCACUGGGUCCGAGCAACCUGCAGGGCCCUGGGAGAGCAGGUGUUGGAGGUGACAGUGGGGAACAAUGCCAGUUUGACAAACCCCUAUCCUGCUGUGGAGCCGGCAGUUGUCCAGUUUGUAUGCGCUCCUCCGUCUCGCCUCACGUUGGUCCCAGUGUACAGCAGCCCGCAGCUGGACCUGACUUGCCCGCUGCUGCAGCAGAAUAAACAAGUGGUGCCUGUUUCAAAUUACCGUAACCCCAUCUUGGACUUGGCUGCUUUUGAUCAGCAAGGAAGGAAGUUUGACAACUUCAGCUCUCUGAGUUUAGUGUGGGAGUCGACCAAGGUGUCCCUCGCCAGUAUUGAGCCCACUAUGCCCAUGGAGCUUGAGCUGUUAGAGGAUGGCAACAAACAGAAGAAACUUCAUGGACGUCAGACAGUUCUUGUCCAUCAUCAGACUGGGAUUACUGCUAUCACAGUGACUGCUCUGGGCUACCAGGUUCCACAUCUAGCAGCAGCCAAAGUUGUCAAUCCACAUGACCCCUUCACUCCUGUGUCAGCAACUCUCGAACUCCUAUUGGUAGAGGAUGUGAUAGUCAGUCCCACAACAGUUACCAUUUACAACCAUCCAGAUGUGCGGGCAAACCUGGCCCUGCGUGAGGGUUCAGGGCACUUUUUUGUCAAUAGCAGUGCUAAAGGGAUAGCAGACGUGACAUUCCAGGAGGCCCAAGGAACAGCUCAGGUUGUUCCUGUCCAUCCAGGGGUGGUGAAGGUGAUGGUUCAUGAUCUAUGUCUGGCUUUCCCAGCACCUGCCACGGCCACAGUGCACAUUUCUGACAUCCUGGAGGUUUAUGUGAGAGUGGUUGACAAGGUGGAGAUUGGUAAAUCUGUUCGAGCUCAUGUCAGAGUCCUGGAUGAUAAUAAGAAUCCCUUCCCAGCCAGUUAUUUCCAUGUCAUGAAUCUAAAACUCAAGGCAGCUUCUGGAAUAGUCUCUUUGCAAGCACUACCUGAGCCCUUAGAAAAAGACACUGCUGUUUUCCUGGUGAAAGGUGUCUCCAUUGGCCAGACCACGUUGUCAGCUGUGGUUGUGGAUAAAAGUGGAAGGAAAAUAACUUCUGCACCUCAGCAAAUAGAGGUGUUUCCACCAUUCAAACUCAUCCCAAGGAAAAUGACUUUGUUAAUUGGAGCUAUGAUGCAGAUCACAUCAGAGGGUGGCCCUCAGCCUCAGUCCAAUAUCAUUUUCUCCAUGGCCAAUGAGGAGAUCGCCUCUGUUAAUGGCAUAGGCCAUGUCAGGGGUAUUGCUGUUGGCAAUGUCACUGUGACUGGACUUGUCCAAGCUGUUGAUGCUGAGACUGGGAAACUAGUUGUUGUGUCUAAGGAUCAAGUUGAAGUUGAAGUUGUACAGUUGAGAGGCAUUCGAAUCAGAGCACCCAUUACAAGGAUGAAGACAGGGGCGCAGAUGCCUGUAUAUGUGAUGGGCCUGACCAACAGUCAGACACCCUUCUCCUUCGGCAAUGCUGUCCCUGGCUUCACCUUCCAUUGGUCCACCACUAAGAGAGACAUCUUAGAGGUCCAGUCACGUCACAGUGAGGCUAAUGUGCAGCUCCCCUCAGAGUUUAACUUUGCCAUGAGCGUGACUGGAAGAACUAGAGGACGGACUGGACUGAGGGUGGUACUCAGAGCCACCGACCCCAAGGCUGGGCAGCUGGAGGGGAACCUGCGGGAACUCAGUGAUGAGAUUCAGAUUCAGGUUUAUGACAAGCUGCACAUGCUCAAUCCUGAAGUAGAGGCUGAAGAGAUACUGAUGGCUCCAAACUCGGUCCUCAAACUCCGAACUAACAGGGAUGGUGUGGGUUCUCUCUCCUACCGGAUGCUGGAUUGCCCUGACCAGACAGUUGUUGCUCAUGUGGAUGAUAAGGGCCUGCUGUCCUCUGGCUCUCUCACUGGCUCCUCCUCCCUUCAAGUCACCUCGCAGGAGACCUUUGGUGUCAAUCAAACUCUCAUCCUUGCUGUUAAGGUGGUCCCUGUGUCGUAUGUGCGCUUCAGCACCAGUCCAGUUCUCCUCACCUCUACCAGAGAGACCCUUUCGGCCAUCCCCCUGGGCAUGGUGCUUACCUUGACUGUCCACUUUCAUGCCAACACCGGAGAGGCAUUGCACAGCUCCAACUCCAUGCUUACUUUUGCCACCAAUAGAGAUGACCUGGUGCAAGUGGGCCGUGGGCCUGGUAACAACACUUUGAUGGUGACGACGGUCAAUGUAGGCGUCACUCUACUGGCUGUGUGGGACCAGGAGCAGAUGGGUGUGGCAGACUACCUUCCUCUGCCUGUCAGGCAUGCCAUCUACCCAGAGGAGGCCCACAGACUGGUGGUGGGAGAUGUUGUCUGCUUCAGUGCCCACUUGGUUAGCCCCGAAGGUGUUCAUGGUGUGUGGAGCUCCUCAGCCAGUGGUGUGCUUCAGGUCGACCCUAAAAGUGGUGCAGCUGUAGCCAGAGACUCGGGAACCGUUACCGUAUACUAUGAGAUACCUGGUGUUUUGAAAACGUAUAGAGAGGUUGUAGUGGAGGCAAGUACAAGGACAGCAGUUAUGGCACAGGCUGCACCAAUUAGAAACGACAAGGAGACAAAAGUCCUGCUCACCACAAGAGAGAGAGGAACCAAUCUCGUAGGGUUAUGCUCCUCUAUCCAGACUGAUGCUAUUUCUCAGCUGCAGCCAGAAACCUCCAUCAGCUGCCAUCUCAGCUUCACUAGCGAUGCUAUCGACUUCCCUGCUCACGAUGUCUUCAAAACACACACCAGUUUUGAUCCUGGCACUGGCUUCUACACAUGUUCCCUGACCCUGCGGCCUAUGACUGACCAACAGACUCGUGUACUCAGCAUGUCCAUGACCAACCUGCUCGUGAAGGCAAGCCUGGAGGGCAGUGCCUUCUCUGGGGAGCAGGUCAGUGCCAGGCUGCCCAUAGAGCCAGGCCUCUACUCUGACCAGACUGAGCUGCUGCUCUCCAACCUGCACCCAUCAGCUGAGCUCACAGUCUACGGUCCCACUGCAGCGCUGUCCAACAUGGAGGUUGUAUCUACCUCUGCCAGCAUUGUUGUCCAGGAGAAGGAGACAUACCAUGGCUUUCCCAGUUUCUCCAAGUACACAGUCAGUGCUGUUUACCCACAGGGAGAAGCCUCUGCUUCCAUUUCCAUAAGCAGCACUUCCUCCGGCCAGAGUCUCCUCAUCCCUGUCACCCUCAUCCAUGUGGCAGAUCCAAGCACUCACAUGCAAGCUGCCGCUCCAGUUGUUAGCGUGGAAGGGGGCCACUCCCUGCACAGCUUCAUCGACUCCUACCAGAUGAUGUUCUUCACCUUAUUUGCUUUACUGGCCGGCACUGCCAUUACCAUCAUCGUAUGCCAUGCAGCCUUCUCCUCAAGGGACCAAGCUCUUCACCCAGCUCUCAUACAGAGGUCCCCACUACGCAUUGAUACCUCUCCAGUGUCAAAUUCCUUCAAUAACUCAAUAUCCAGUUCUGACCCAAGAGGCUACUCCAGGUUGCGCCAGUUUUCUCCAGACUACAAGUCCUGAUGAAGCCCUCUGUCCGGUCCCUGUUCUUCAAAAUUAAAACACCACAGGCCAUUAAUAUUUGUUGAAUGUGCCUCUGUCCCUCAGGAUGAUUGCUGUGGGACAUGACAGUAAAAUCUCAACUUCAGUGUCUUCAGUUGUUGGUACAUAUGUUUAAAUUUAAAUUAUUUACCAAAAUUGCAGAUCAGCUAAGAGCUGCAAGUUGAUAACAGGGCUAUUUUCUUGGUGUGCGUGUUUUUGUGUGGAAGCAAAUUUCUAUAAUAGUCGCAUAUAAUGCUUGUCUCUUUUGCAGUAUGCAGUUAAACUUGUUUUUAUAAAAUACUGCUUCAUUAUAAACUGACAUCUUUUGAAAAGGUAAAAGUGUUUAAAAAAAAUGUUUGCGCUUAAAUAAGGCUGAUUUAUGUAUUUGUUUCCUGUCCAGUUAUGUGCUACUUUAUAAUGUUUAUAUUAUUAAUUAAGGUUUGAGAUGAUGUGAAAAUUUGUAACUCAGGACAAACCACACUCUGUAUGACAGCUGUCAGCACAUAAUAACUUGAAGAUGUUUAUUUCUAAGCAGGAAAAAAAUGUCCUUAGUAAUGUAGCUGAAAUAUUUUGUGAAAAUUAUGACCACUGAAACCGUCCUUCUCUUUAAGUGAUGAACCUUUCAUAUGUGCACAUAAUCAGAACCAGGAAAACGGUCGGUCCAUUUGUUUCCGUGGCAUUUGUUUGGAAUUGAGUUUCCAUUUUAACAGAGCUCACUUUGAGCCAUGCAGCUCCUCUCGUAUUCAUUAAUGUGAAACUGUUAAGAAAUGUGAACCAUCUUUCAGUUUAUAUAACCUGGUGUUGCCUCAGUGCAAAAGCAAUCAAUGUGACCUGUUCUUGUUUCUGACUAUGUUGUGAAUCAGUUUUUUUUUUUUUUUCUUGCCUACCCCCAUUUUUGGGAAAUUACUGUAGCGGUUAUAUUACUGGGACAUAAUUGUUUGACAUUAUUUUAAAGGAGUUAUUUUUGUAUUUGAAGAAAAAUGUUGACAUGGAAUUGUAUUUAUGUUAGCUAGUGAAAUUGAGUUGUACAUGAUCAGGAGUAUGUUACUCCCCUGUGUGAUCAUCAGAUGGUCUCAGUGCUGUUUCAUUGUUAAGGUUUUGUGGUCAGGCCUUACUGUCAUGUUUGAAAAGCUCUCAGCACAUAAUACCACAAUAACAAAGAGUGUUUGCUUGUGUGAAUACGUCCUUGCUUUUGCUAAUUAAAGUUUUUACUUUUUACAUCCCGUCAUGCAUGUGUUUAUAUUCUUAAUUUGAAUGUAUCCAUAACUCAAGUGCAUAUGUUGAACUUCAAAAUAAAUGCAUAUCCAA